CCAGAGUCCAACAAAGCGACCGUGCACAUGGCGUCUCCGACUUCGAAAUCGGGAGGCGGCAAGCCAGAGGGCCUGCCGCAGCUGGUGCCCGACGAGGCCCCGAGCCGGGAGCUGGCGCCUGGCGUGGCCGAUUGCGUGGCGAAUCCGCUGCAGGCCCAGUAUGCCUGGGAUUCCAUCAACUCCCUCAUUGAGACCUGCCGCAGGGUGCGCAUGAAGAACUGGCAGGCGGUGUCGGAGUUCCCGAGGCAGGGCCCCUUCUUCGAGGGCAUGCCGAAGGGGAGUUCCAGCGAAACGGUCACAGGCGCGUGAGAGAUUCUUUCAGCCUCUCAGAGAGCCGAGCCAGCGCAGGCUUC